AUGCGUUCCUCAGCUGUUCUUCAGACUUCUCUCCUUGCUGUCCUGCCUCUUGCCGUUCAGGCUCAGGGCACCUCUGGGUCUGGCAAGUCUACCAGAUACUGGGACUGCUGCAAGCCAUCAUGUGCCUGGCCAGGUAAGGCGGCGGUCAACAGACCCGUCUUUGCCUGUGACGCCAACUUUCAGCGCAUUUCCGACUCUGGUGUUGCCUCUGGCUGCAAUGGUGGCUCUGCCUACUCGUGCGCUGACCACAGUGCCUGGGCCAUCAACGACAACCUCUCCUAUGGCUUCGCUGCCACUGCUCUGAGCGGGGAAUCCGAAGCUUCUUGGUGCUGUGCCUGUUACGAACUCACCUUCACCGACGGCCCCGUCGCCGGCAAGAAAAUGGUCGUCCAGUCCACCUCCACCGGCGGCGACCUCGGAAGCAACCACUUCGACCUCAACAUCCCCGGCGGCGGCGUCGGCCUUUUCGACGGCUGCAAGCCCCAAUUCGGCGGCCUCCCCGGCGCCACCUACGGCGGUAUCUCCGACCGCAGCCAGUGCGCCUCGUUCCCCGACGCCCUCAAGCCCGGGUGCAACUGGAGGUUUGACUGGUUCAAGAACGCGGAUAACCCGUCGUUUACCUUCAGACAAGUCCAGUGCCCGUCUGAGUUGACGGCGAGGAGUGGGUGCAAGCGGGAUGACGAUUCCCGGUUCCCGGUAUUUUCUCCCCCGGGAGGCGGCAGCCAGCCCCAGCCUCAGCCGACUAGCAGUGCGGCGCAGAACCCGAACCCGACUCCUAGCGCGGCGCCGGGUGGGUGCAGGGCUGCGAAGUAUGCGCAGUGUGGUGGGCAGGGGUUUACGGGGUGCACUACUUGUGAGGCGGGGAGCACUUGCACUGCUAGCAAUCAGUGGUAUUCCCAGUGCCUAUAAGCGGUAGAGGCCUGGGCCCGAGCUUCGUUACUUGGUUGGAUGAGGUGGGCAGAGACUUGAUGAAUCAUUCUUGUCUUUGUGGAAGGGUUUGGUUGGGUAGAAAAAUUCUUUUCUUGGUAUAUAUGAUAUAUUACCCUAGCAAUUUCGGUUUACGCUGCGUCGGUUUCUUUUUUAUUUUUUUUUUUUCUCUUUUAAACAAAACAGUUCAUCAUUACCUUAGCCAUUAUCCAUACCUGUAUAUUGGAAGGCUUAUUCCAUACAAUGCAAACUAUCACACAGUGGACGCCGUGCAUUGUUCACAAAGCAGUGCGUGUUUAUAGUGUAAAUAAUGUAAAUGAAGAAUAAGAAGAAAACCCACAG